UUCUCGCUAGAAACUCAAGCCCAACAGUCAAUACAGACCUCACUUAAACCCAAAAAUCAUUUCAAUCAUGUUCAAGUUGGUGGUAUUGUCUGCUCUGCUCGCCGUAGCUGCUGCUCGUCCCGGUAAUCUGUAUGAGUCGCCGUUGGUYUACGCCGCACCCGCUGCGACCGUCGUCCAGGAGUCGGUCCUGGCCAAGGUUGGCUCCGUUGUGAAGAGUGUGCCCACAUCUGUCUCCCAUCAGAGCCAGUCGGUGGUGCACAGCUCCGCUCAUGUGGUUGAGGAUAUCGUCGCUCCAGUUGUCAAGUCAACGCCCGUGGUCAGCUAUGCCGCCGCUGCUCCAGUGGUGCACACCUCCUAUGCUGCUGCUCCAGUCGUGCACACCACAUAUGCCGCUGCUGCUCCAGUGGUGCACCAAACGUAUGUCGCUGCACCAGUUGCCAAAAUCGCUGCUGCCUCACCGCUGACCUACACCGCCACCGGAGUGUGGUAAGGAAGCCCCACUGCACCACUCAAAGACCGAUAGUGGAACGUGCAUUUUGUUGGACGGUUUUGUGAUACGAAUUUGAAUAAAUAAAUAAAUAUUUUUGCCUUGAAUA